CUCCGCCCCCUCGGCCUCCUCUCCGCCCUGGGGUCCCGCCGGCACUGUGGUAGCUGGGGGCGGUGCAAUUCAUCCAGAAGGGCACCCUGGGGGAGCGGAGGAAACCGGUGACUGAGGCAGGGAAAGGUUACGAGCUGCCCUUGGUCGGCUAGGGGAGCGGGUGCACCGAGUCUCAGCCGGGAGGAUGGCCGCCCACGGAGUCCGAGGCCUGCGGGCCACCUACCACCGCAUGCUCGACAAGGUGGAGAUGAUGCUGCCCGAAAAGCUGAGGCCCCUGUACAACCACCCGGCAGGUCCUAGAACUGUGUUUUUCUGGGCACCAAUUAUGAAAUGGGGGUUAGUUUGUGCUGGAUUGGCUGACAUGGCUAGGCCAGCAGAAAAACUCAGCACAGCACAGUCUGCUGUAUUAAUGGCUACAGGGUUAAUUUGGUCAAGAUACUCUCUUGUUAUUAUUCCUAAAAACUGGAGUCUGUUUGCUGUUAAUUUUUUUGUCGGUGCCGCAGGAGCCUCUCAGCUCUUCCGUAUAUGGAGGUAUAAACGGGAACUAAGAGCCAAGGAAAAUUUGUAAAGGACUCUUGAUCUGCUGAACAAAUCCAGAAGCAGUUAUUACCACCAAAGGGACCUAGUUUGAUUCAUUUUAUUAUUUGGUUUUCAAAAAGAUAAUGCUAACAAUGUUAAUGUUCUGCAGAUGGGACUGUAACUGUAGCCAUUAUACAGUACCUUGACUGAACUGAAAAUAAAACACACUUUUAGUAAUGUUUCA